AUGAUCAGUUUACGGGAGGUCGAUGAUAUCAGGAAGGAGCUGAAAGACCGAACAAAUGAAGUGGAAACGUUAAGGAAAAAAGUACAAAAAGCCGAUAAAGAUAGACAACAAUGGGAGGCCCAAAAGAAACAGCUGGAAAGCAGAUUACCAGCCGAUGUCCAAACGCUCAUAGCAGAAAAAAGAGAUCUGGCCCAACAACUCGACCGCCAAGCCAGCGAGCAACAGGAACUCUUCAUGCAGCUGAAUGUGAUGAUCGGACAACAGGCCGAGAUUCAAAGUGAAAAGGAGCGCCUUGAGGAGGAACAUCACAAAAUGAAACAGCAACUCGCUGAAGCCCAGAAUAACAACUCACGAGAUUCCCAGAAAAGACUUGAAGAACUUGAGAAGCGACUGGCAGAAGACCUAGAAAUGGCUAAGGCGUCAUUUGAAGUCGAAAGGAGAGGACUGCAAAAGGAGAAGAGCGAAGUGGAAAAGGAAUUGGUCCUUAAAUCGGCUGCCCUACAAAGCUUAAUGCUGGCUAAGGAAGCAGCAAAAGUCGACACCAGCCAACUUCAAAAAAUCGCUGAAGAAAAGGGAAGAUUCGAACAAGAAGUGCAAGAAUUACAAAGAAGGUUGGAGAAAAAUGAGGCAGAUACGGAGAAUGAGAGAGCGACUCUGAAGCAAGAAAUCCACGAAUUGAGGGCGAGAUUGGAGACGUCGCAACAGCUGAAAAAUGAGGUUGAAGAGAAGGCGAGGAAGCUUGAGAAGGAGGCCGAUGAUGCCCGGAAUCGAUUGGGUCGGGACUUUGAUCAGGCGAAGAAUGAGAAUGGAGAACUGUUGGCCAGGCUUACGCAACUCAGUACACAGCUUGAACAUGCCAAAACGGAAGCGAGAGAGGCGGAAGCCAGACUUCGAAAAGAAGCAACAGAAAGUGACGCAGAGACGCAGAAAAGGCUGGAUGAAUGGAAGGAGAGAGGGCAAACAGCGGAGGAUCGGGUGGCAGCCCUUGAAGUGGAACUACUAGCCGUCCGGAAAGAGGCUGAAGCCACAGGAGAAGCCGUGCGGAGAUCAGAAAAAGCUGAAGCCGAUCGGGUCCUCGAAUUGACGCAAGAAUUAGCGCAAAAAAAGAACAAGCUCGAGGCUCAUGAGAAGACGAUUAGGGAAUUGGAGCAUAGCCUUGAAACUCUACGAUCGAAGGAAGGAGCUGUAGACAAAGAACUGGCUAGCCUGCAAGAAAAAGCCGAUGUUCUGCAGAAGAGCGCUCAAGAAAAGGAUCAAAAUAUUGAGAGCUACCGUAACCGGGUGAAUUCCUUGGAGUCGCAGAUCGAAGUGGCUGAAACGGAAGCGAAAACAGCUAGAGCCUUGGCGGAGACGGAGACACGGAGAGCUCAGGCUACUCAGAAACAACUUGAAGCGCAGAGUGGUACCCAGAGCGAACAGGUCGGCCUCCUGCGUGAACAACUCGAAGCCGCUGAAGACAGGGAAAAAGCUCUCGAACUGAAGCACAGAGAAGAGCAGCUACGACAGCAAGAAACAGUGCGAGAAUUGAAAUCAAGGCUCGAAGCAGAAGAGAGUCAACUGAAGGUGGUCGAGGAGAAGCUGCUGGCUGCUGAGGGAGAAGCUAGCCGGAAGGCUGAGCGGGUUCAGGAGUUGGAGAAAUUGGCCGAAGCAAAGCACGAGGAAUUAACAUCACUUCAAGCCCAAAUUGAUACACUACGCCGUAAAACUGAAGACGAAGCAGCUAGCGUGAAGCAACUUGAACGAAAACUAGAAGACGCGGCCGCAGAAAACAAACGCCUUGAAGCCAAGGCAUCAGUAGCGGAUGAGCUGAAGACAUUGAUGAAUAGUCUCCAAUCAGCCAGGCACGACAACAGCGAGCUCCAAGCCGAAAAUACGUCACUCCACCUUGAACUCCGGACAGCUAGGGACGAGAUUGAGAGGCUAGAGAGCGAAUCCCUCGACCUUCGAAACCAAAUUGAGCAGACGGCGUUUGAGCGGGACCACGAGAAGGAAAAGCUCGUUCUCCUCACCUCCGAGCAGUCCACCGACAAGCAGGCAUUGGACGCACUCCGCGAAAAACUGGAGCAAGACCUGGAGGCCGAGAAGAAGAAGCACAAAGAGCAGCUCUCGGAAGCCGUAGAAACCACUCGUGUUGCUGUACAAAAGGAAGCUGAUUUUAAGAUCUCGGCUCUAGAAGAGAAAAAUGGAGAACUAGAAAAGGAGCUGAAAGAAAAGGAGCGAGCCCAGGCUGAGACUUCCACAAAGCUUACUACCCUGCAAGCAGAAUAUUGCGAAUAUAAAAAAAUGGAGGGGGAUGCAAAUGAAAAGAUUUCCACGCUGCAACAAAAAUACGAUGCGCUCGAGCAAAAGGCCGAGACGAGCCAGGCGAGGAUAAAGGAAUUGGAAGAAGAACGCGAAAAAACAACCGGGCAUUUGGAUGAGCAUCGGGAAAAGAUUGAGACCGACAACAAGGAGCUGCAGGAGAGUGUGAGGAGGCUGGUCGGGCAGAGGGAUGAACGGGAUCGACGGAUCGAGGAUUUAGAGGAGCGUCUCGGAACGGCGGAAGCCGAACAGGCCGAUCUGAAGAAGGCCCUCGUCGCCUCGGAAGACGCACUAAUGGCCCUCCGCUCCGCCGACAUGUCGGCCAAAGAACAGAUGAAGGAGGCCGAGCAGUUCGGAGCCCAGGUGAAGAAGCAACUAGAGGAGCUUGAAGCUGAGCAUCGACAGACCUUGGAAGCUCUGGAGCAGCAGCAUUUAGAAAAGCAUAACACUCUCCAAGUACAGCUCGACUCGCUGAGAGGGCAAAGCACUGCCGUGAACGCACUUGAAGCUCAAAUUCAGACGUUGAAAAACGAAUUGGAGAGCGGGAAGCGGACAGUGCAGGAGGAGAAGGAUAAAAAUAUACGACUCGAAGGGACUCUAGAAGAAAAAGAAUCUGAGUUGGAAGAACUUCGAGAAAAAGUUGGCAAACCAGCAGAGGAUGCUGAAUUGAUAGCCGAAAAUGCCAAGCUAGCUGCGGAAGUCCUGAAGCUCGAGGGUCUAAUGGCUCGACUCCGCAAGGAAGCGACAGAAAAUGGCGGCGGUGCCAAAGAGAACACGGCCAAGCUAAGCAAGAUCGAAGCCGAGUUGAAGGAAGCCCAAAGUCAACAGCGGCAAAAGGAGCGAGAAGUGCAGAUACUGCAGGAGGCUGUCGAUCAGGCACAAAAUGACGCCGAUCAGACUCGGCGAGAUUACUCGUAUCUCAAUCAAAAGCUGAAGGCCGUUGAGCAGGAACGUGAUCGUUUGGCUACAAAUAUGGAGGAGAUGCGGAACAAGAUGACCAAUGGAAAGGCUUCACCGCCUGGAAGAGGUUUAACAAGAACGGUGUCGAAUAUGUCGCGAAUGUCGUAUUCGGAAUCGGUGUUUAAUUGUGACGAUCCAGACAAAUUACGAACGGAAAUUGAGAGACAACAUCGCCUCAUCAUCGUUCUACGCCGCAAACUACAAAAAGAAAAGGAAAAAGAGCAACCCCAA